GACGAAGUGUCACAUGUUCCUCGGCUUUCUACGUGCUGCCAAAACACAGAGGGCUCAGUCAUUCUCUGCUGGCGGAUAAACACCAAAGAUCUACCACUGAGUGGCUACAGCAUCACACUGACCCUGGUGAUAGCUAGCUUCUCCUGACUGCUGUGGAACUAAAGACGUUUCAGCUUUACCUGCAGUGAUUUCUUAUCCCUUCACUCAGACUUUCUGAUCGACUUUCCUCCCCUUGGAUCCAGACAGUCAGAGACUUAAUUUUCUGGGUUGUGUGAGGCUUCACAGGCCGAGCAACAGCCCGUUGAUUCAUGGCGAUUAACGCUGAUGUGGAGGACUGGGGUGGAGUUGGGAGCAAUGACUCUGGAGAAAGGGCAUGGCUCUUGCAGAGUCCCAGCGUGGAUUCUGUGCAGCACCUUGAUACGGACAGGAGGAGGAGUGGGGGCGUGUCAUCUCUGGGAGCGGUCUUCAUCGUGGUGAAUGCGGCACUGGGAGCAGGUCUACUCAAUUUCCCUGCCGCCUUCAAUAUGGCGGGAGGAGUGACAGCAGGAGUCAUGCUUCAAAUGUUUAUGCUGAUCUUCAUAAUCAGUGGACUGGUGAUUCUGGGCUACUGCUCCCAGGUCAGUAAUGAAAGCACCUAUCAGGAAGUUGUUCGAGCCACUUGUGGAAAAGUCACAGGUGUCAUAUGUGAAGUGGCCAUUGCUGUCUACACCUUUGGCACUUGCAUUGCUUUCUUCAUUGUCAUCGGAGACCAGCUGGACCGCUUGAUAGCAGCAGUGGCUCAUGACACAGACAGCACCGGUGGCUUGUGGUACACUGACCGCAAGUUUACCAUUGUUGUCACUGCAGUCUUGGUUAUUCUGCCUCUCUCCAUCCCCAAAGAGAUUGGCUUUCAGAAGUACGCCAGCACACUGAGUGUGAUGGGAACCUGGUACGUUACCAUCGUGGUCAUUAUAAAGUACAUCUGGCCAGAUAAAAAUAUGACUCCAAGCUAUGUUCCCACCAGCUCUGCUUCCUGGACUGCAGUUUUCAAUGCAAUGCCCACCAUAUGCUUUGGUUUCCAGUGCCAUGUCAGCUGCGUGCCGGUGUUCAACAGCAUGAGCAAGAAAGCGAUCAAACCGUGGGGACUUGUGGUCACUCUCAGCAUGAUUAUCUGCCUCUUCGUUUACACAGGAACAGGUGUCUGUGGCUUCCUGACAUUUGGCUCCAGUGUCAGUCAGGACGUGCUGAUGUCGUACCCUCCUGACGACAUCGCUGUGGCCAUCGCGAGAGCUUUUAUUGUCAUCUGUGUGGUCACGUCCUACCCCAUCUUACACUUCUGUGGCAGGGCCGUUAUAGAAGGACUUUGGCUUCGUUUUCAAGGCGAGCAGGUGGAGGUGUGUGUGCGUCGUGAGCAGAGGAGGAGGAUCCUGCAGACACUGGUGUGGUUCGUCGUCACACUCGUCCUCGCCCUCUUCAUCCCAGACAUCGGUCGGGUGAUCUCGCUGAUUGGAGGAUUGGCAGCCUGUUUUAUCUUUGUGUUCCCAGGUUUGUGUUUGAUGCAGGCCAAACUAUCAGAGACGGACAGCAGAUCUGCCAGCUGGCACGGAUUGGUAGUUUUUGGCGUUGUCAUGGUUACACUCGGAGCUUUCAUCUUCGGCCUCACCACAACCAACUCCAUCUAUCAAGACAUCGUCAGCUAAGAGGAACAGUUUUAGUAGAGCCUGCGGCGUCCUUGUUAUUGAAGAUGGGGGCCGGGGGGAGAUUAGUCCUGUGCUGCUAUUCUGAACUAUUGGAUAAGAUGAGGAAACAUCUCAUGACACUCGUUUAAAAAAAAUCAAGACCACUGCACCGUGUCACGUCCCUGCUCCGUACUGGGUCAGAGCCCCAGAUCUCUGUGCUCAGUCAGGGAGCAUUGGAAGACACCGCAUAACGCCAAGUGACUUCAGACACUUUGCCUUUUAUUUUCUGUAAAGUUUAAAUUGCAUGUUUUCUGUUUUUAUGAGGGCUUUAAGUUGCAAUGAAAAUAGCUUUCGACAGUGUAGUCAUUCCACAGGGGCACAGAACGGCUUCCCUUCCCUUGUCUCUGGACCCUGUACUGGCAACCCAUUCCCGUCCUGUUUACAAGAGCUGAAGGACUUUGUACAGAGAGGUCUUAUAAUCAAAUUGAUUUCUUUUAAUGAUGAAAUUGUACCAAUUUGUGUAUUUUAACUUGCAUGUCAAAGUAAAUGUUUCUUAUCAUUGAAAAUUGACAUGCUCUGGUUCCCAGGUCUAAUCCAGGUCUAGACUUUGUUUUGGUGCUGCUUUAGUUUGUCCAUUAAUUAAGAAUUUUGUCUCUUCUCCACUGAAUUUGGACUGAGUGAUAGGUGUGCACACAGCAUUGUUAAUGAGUGAUGUGUUAACUGCAGGGCUGGGCAGUUCAAGUGUUCUCUUCCAGUCAGUACCUCGAAAUGAGUUGAAAAUGUGAGGUUUUCAACCAUACAGGCAAAGCAACCUACAUUACAUUACAUUUUAGAUUAGACUCAGGAAGUCAUCUGAGUUAUUUAUGUUUUAGUUUUGUUGGUUUCUUAUAUAUUUUCUUAUAUAUUUCAUAAACAUUUUAAAAUACUGUGAUGGUGAUUUUACAAUUGGCUGUGAGGUUAGAUCUAAUUUGUUUGGACAAGUUUGUAGAAGUACAAAGCUACAGUCAUGUCAGCACACAGGUCUUUUAAAAACAGGUUUGGUUACUGGUUACCAAACAGGCUUACAGCCACAGCAGCAUGACACCUCCAACGCUGAUCACAGAUCUGCAGGGUGUGUAAGCCUCAGUCAGGAUAUGAAAACUCAAACUCUCUCAUGAGUGCUUCCUCACUGAGCGGGGUUUGAGAACAAUACUUUGUGAAUGUAGGCGAGAGACUGGAGUAACCUACACAAAACUCACUGUUACUGACAGGGUGUGCUGUGUGUGGAGAAGCCAAGUAGUUGGACUCUGAGCAUGAGGUAUGUAAUCAUUUAAAUUACAAUAAUUUUUGUUCUUUUUUUUGCCAAAGCCAAAGUGUGAACUUUCUCUCUGUUGUUUUUUUUUAAUGCCCCAUCAUUCAAAACCUCUUCUAUUUAACACUAAUUUAGAGGACGAAGAAGAAGUUGUAUGGCAAGUUAAACUAAUUUCAUUCAUGAAAAUAGUUUUUCUACCAAUCUGCAAAUGCAGUUAUAUUAUUAUAUUUAAAUGGUUUACAGUGGCACAGCGAUCAAAACUAAACUGAAUGGAUUUAAUCCCCAGUUUAUGACUGUAUUAACUUUAGUAACUUGUUUAGUGUGUUCACUGACUGCCCUUUGAUUUUACUGUUCAUCCAGGUUUUAUGAGUCUCAGCAAUAAGAUGUUUAACUUUGGAAAUGAGGGACAGAAGCUGGAAAAGGGAUUUUUUUUUUUCCUCAGAAAAACAAUCACAUUGUAUAAGUCACACUGGGUGACUAAAUACAACAAUAUCAAUAAAGUCUGUCUAAGUCUAAAGAAUUGAGAAAAGGGAAAGAAGCUGCAGUCAGAACAGUAAUCCUGUCUGGUACCAGAACAAAAACUACAGAUCGUCAGACUGUUUUUAUUUUAUUAAUAUUUCUUUGAAUCAUUCUUGGAACUGUUUUUAACUAUCUGUGUUUUGGUGCUGCAGAUGAGCGGACAGCAGCUGCAUUUAUGAUUUCUGUCAAUGAUUUAUUGUUAGCAGGUUGGAAGGUUGCACACCUUUUUCUAAGGCAUCUGUAAAUCAAAAAUCAUGUCCCUGUUGUCUCACUGAACAAUGACUCGCAAAAAUGGCUUCAUUGGUUAGUCUGAAUGGAAAUAUUUUGUAGGAACCUUCCUGUGAUACUCAGAUAAGUUAACUACAAACAAGGCAUGUGAACAAAUCUGACAAUCCAUGUGUCGUUGGCAGUUAAUAAAACAUUUAAUAAAAAGACAAAUGAAAAGCA